AUGGCUCUCUGCAUCCUCAAAGUGCAACCAACCAAACUCAGAAUCACCAAAAUGACGCUAACCGUUUCUCUUCUUAUUCUUCCCUUCACCAUAUCUAUUGCCUUGGCUUCACAAGGCCUCAACCAAAGCCUUCCAAAACCUUCUUUAUCUGCUAUCUCCACCACUCUCAACUACCAUGGAGGUCCUCUCCUCACUGGUCCUGGACCCAUCAAUCUCUAUCUCAUCUGGUACGGAUCUUUCCUCCAACCGGAAAGAACCCCCGUCACCGACUUCCUCGCUUCUUUCCUCUUUUCUCAGGAAGCCUCCGUUGCGACCUGGUGGAAAACCGUUCGUCUGUACACGGACAGGAACAAGAACCCAGUUUCUGGCAACGUUAAAGUAGUCAGACAACUAGGUGACAUAGGGUACUCACUUGGAAAGAACAUUAAGCGCGAUCAAAUUGCUAAGUAUGUUCGGAACAUGAUUAUUAACAAGGUAUUGCCCCUGGACCUUCAUGGGGUAUACCUGUUUUUGACCUCCAAAGACGUUGUUGUGGAGAGGUUCUGCAUGAACUCAUGCGGUUUCCAUGGCAGCACCAUGGUGGCGGCGAAUAAGCAGGUGCUUUAUGCACACGUUGGAGACCCAUCCGUGCAGUGCCCUGGCUUAUGUGCAUGGCCGUACGCGAUUCCAACCUAUGGUCCGCCUGGACAGGCACUUGUCGCGCCUAAUGGAGUUGGCUUGGAUGGCAUGAUCAUCAAUAUCGCAACACUGCUUGCUGGUGUCGCCACCAACCCUUUUGGUUCUGGCGCCGCUAGAAGCAGUGACGGCGUGCCCGGGGAUUUUUGGCACCGGAGCUUACCCGGGUAUCCCGGAGACUUGAAGGUGGAUGGAAAGGGCAAGGCAAGUUAUAAUGCGUACGGUGUUAAUGGCCGGAAGUUCCUUCUGCCGGCUGUAUGGGAUCCCGUUGGGAUGACAUGCAAGAUUGUCGCUUGA